AUGACAGAAGAGAAAAAAAGUAGCACAUCCCAAUUUGGAAGUGAAAGACCAGAGUUGAUGCCUAAACAACCAUUUUACCAACUUAUGGUACUAGAGAAAGGUGCCAGCCAUGUCCACGUGAAAAUUCAAACCUCAGAUCCUAAACCCUCAAGCAAGUGGUUUCAUCUCGACUUGGUCAAUACUAGCAAACCUAACAAUGGUGAGAGUCUUCAAGUUUUUGGUGAUGACAAUAUCAUAAAAUUAAAGCUGAAGCCAGGACAGGAAUACAGACUUACAGGCUACACAAUGGAUCCGUACAAGAACUCUCUUGGUGAAUUAAAUUUCCGUGCAGAGUUGAAUAACUCGGAACUGAAAGAACUGCUGCAAAGGGCAACGCAUUUUACAAAGGAUCGUGGUGGUCAACUGAUUCAAUGUAGCUACUUGUAUCGAAAUAAAACUGUUGAAUAUUUUAAUAAAAUAUUUGAAACAGAUGGAAUAAUGAAGGUAUACAAAAAAGACGAUAACGGAGACCAAGGAUCACCAAUUAAUGGAAAACUUGAUGGACUGUUCUUUGCCUGUAAACCUGACCUGCAGACAGGACUUCCUCCUCUCAGGUCAUUUUUUGGUCCAAGGAGAGUGAAAAUCCCUCCAACUGACCUGUUUGUGGCAGACACAAAUCUUUAUUUUACUGAUUUUUACUGCAAUAGGAGAGCACAUUAUGUAACCCUUGUGCUCACUUUAGCUGGAUCAAGGGCAGACCAAUUUUGCAGGGAGAGACUUCUUACACUUGAUCCCUACAAUAACUUAUUUUUCAUGAAAGCUGAAGAAGAACAUUCAAGCUAUGUCUAUACUUCGAGAAAUAUUUGGGUUGAAAUCUUUUACACAGAAAAUAUCAACCUUUGUUCUUAUCUGUCUCCAGAUUUUAUUCAUGAUGUGCCUAGCACAGGUACUUCCAAACCAGAAGGAAUUCCUAAGAACCCAAACUGUCAGAUUUGUAAUUUGUGA